AUGGCGACGGCCAUGGAAGCGGCCGACCCUAUGUCGUCACUCCAGAGGUCCGUCUCCCAGCACAGCAGCGCCUCAUAUGCGUCACACGCCUCUCACGUAUCCCACACCUCGAACCGAAGCUCCAGAAGCAACCGAAGCGCAACUGUCAGGGGCCCUCGCGGUAGGAAACGUCCCAGCCAGCCUGUUAGCUCUGCGAGUAGUAUAGCUGCCAGCGACAAGAGUCUCACGAGCUUUCCUAGCUUCUCACCCGAGAGUCCAGGCGGUGAUCCCCUCAGCGGACAAGACGAUGCUCACGACGAUACCCCCGUUCCUCCGGUCGCGGCUCCGGAUGUUGGGCGCAGUUCGAUAGUUGAUCUGACUGGAGGCUCAGAUGUGCGAAGUGCCUUGUUCGAAGAGGAUCAUCCGGUGCGCAAGGUUCCAGGCUCGUUACAUAACGCCGAUGACGAACAUCUUCAACGCUUGAUAUCGCGGCAUGGCACCAUUGGACUGAUCAGACAAAUAUCCGAGGACCUCGCACAACGAGAUGCCCAGAUCGCCAAUAUGCGCCGCCGCGCUGAUGAACGAGAACGGGCUUUGCGCAAAAUCAUUCGAGAAUGUGGCCUCUCUAACCUGGAUCUUGAAACUCGCCUACGGACUAUUGAGGCUGAGCUACGCGCGGCCAACAAGGGACUCCGGAGAGAGGAUACUGGAUUAAGCGACCUCAUGAGCGAUGCAAUGCAAGACACCGUAGUGGCUACUGCGUACGGCGAGACAGUCGCCAAGGGCUCUACCAUCCGCGCAAGCAGCCAGUCUUUCAGCAACCCCAGCGAGAACGGCAGCGGCAAGGGCACUUUGAAGGGAUGGAAGGAUUAUCUCUGGGGCUCUGGGACCGCAAAGCGAGGCAGCCGUACGAACAGCAUGAACGGCGAAGGUGUAAACCCUACAACUGUGAUUCGAUCACACUCUAGUAUGGACCGACGACCAACGUUGCAGGAGGAUCUCUUCAGCCCACCAGACACGCAAUCUACUCGAAGCCCAAGCCGUGCGUCAAGCAUUCAAUCGGGCGCAACUGGCGAGCGCAAAGCAUCAUCGUCGCUUGCAAGCAUGGCCCUUCGUUUGGUGGCUGGCGGAGCGAUAAGUACUCGCGAGGCUGAGUCUCGAGGCCGUGCUACGAGCACCACUUCCAACAAGGGUGGUUCUCUUCGGGCUGUUUCGACUACAAGCAGCCACGCGGGUCAGUCUCGAGCUGUGUCGAUCGCUGGCGGUCCCAAGGCGUUGAUGGCGAUGCGUAAAGCGACUCCAGGACCAUCUGCUCAAGGAUCAGGCCGAUCACAGGGGCAAGAAGCUUGGGACAGUAUGCGAGGCAGUCCUCCAGAUAACUCAUCAUCACGACAAGAGAGCUAUGGGCCUGUGGAGAUGGAUGCUAUUCGAUCACCAGAAUCACAGCCACCAACAUUAACACAUAUUUAUAACAACUUUCCGAACAGCGAAUAUCUGACGGACCGAUUUGGAUUCAUAUACGAUCAGCGACGCAAGAAACGACAACGCGAGGCGGCGCAAGUGGCUCGACAUAUUCGCAAGGGCAGUCGUACAGAGAUGCUAGCAAACGGCCGAGGUGGUAUCUCACCUAACGCAUUAGAGGACCUUCCCAGCCCUAAGGGAAGUGUAUCAAGUGAGGGACGUCCUGAGAGCCUGAACAGCAUGGAGGAACGUAACGCGGAAGAGGGCAAAGCUAAGAGAUGGACCGAUUAUCUGAAAAUCGCAACGUUUCCCACCGAACUUCUCAGUCACACGCCAAGUAUCGCGAUUCCAUCCAUCGAGGUUAUGGAGGGAGCUCAGACCCCCGAACCAGAGCUAUACCCUACCGAGCCUGUCAAGCCAGUAAUCGUUUCAACCAACUCUGGUCUUAUUCCAUCAGCUAGCACAACUACUGCAGUAGACAGUGAGACCUCACGCCCCUCUCAGUCUGAAUCAUCCGUUGCACUCACCAAGGACGAUACCGAACCUGUCAAGCUGCUUCUCCAGCAACUGAGCGAUGUCCACGAUGCUCUUCAGCGUGAAAAGACAGUUCGAUGGAAUGAUUUCCUGCGAAAGGUGCGCGCCGAACGCAAGCGGGAGGGCGAAGCCGCAAUUGCUGCCGCCAAAUCCGCUGCUGAUGCUCGCUACGAACAACCUGCCAUGAUCCUUCCUGAAACCCGCGUUGCCGAUGGUGAGAUGAUUGGAGUUUCAGGUCUUGGCGUCAAAGGAAAGGUUGGAAGAGCCAAGUGGAACGAAUUCAAAACCCUGGUUUUGGGCGGUAUUCCUGUCACCUAUCGCGCCAAGGUGUGGUCAGAGUGUUCGGGAGCUGCAGCCCUUCGUGUCCCUGGCUAUUAUGAAGACUUGGUAGCUCAGACCGGCGAGGACGACGAUGCUGUUGUUGUUAGUCAGAUUCAGAUGGACAUCAACAGGACCUUGACGGACAACAUCUUCUUCCGUAAGGGACCCGGCGUUAAGAAGCUGAACGAAGUCUUGUUGGCGUACUCCAGGCGCAACAAAGACGUGGGCUACUGUCAGGGCAUGAAUUUAAUUGCUGCCAACUUGUUGCUCAUGAUGCCUUCUGCUGAGGACGCUUUUUGGAUUCUUACUUCAAUCAUCGAGAAUAUCCUUCCCCACGGCUACUACGACCACUCACUCAUGGCCUCCCGCGCAGAUCAACAGGUACUGCGACAGUAUGUUUCAGCAAUCCUCCCCAAGCUCUCGGCACAUCUCGACUCGCUAUCCAUCGAGCUCGAGGCCUUGACUUUCCAGUGGUUCCUCUCCGUCUUCACCGACUGUCUCAGCGCCGAGGCUCUCUUCCGCGUCUGGGACGUCGUCCUCUGCACCAACGACGGCAGCACAUUUCUCUUCCAAGUCGCCCUCGCCCUCCUCAAGCUCAACGAGGGAAACCUGUUACAGUGCAACACACCCGCCGGGAUAUACACAUACAUCAGCCAUCAGAUGACAGAGCACGCCAUCAGCAUCGACGGUCUUCUCCAAGCAAGCGAGGGCCUACGAAAAGUUAUUCGCCGAGAAGAUGUUGAACAGCGAAGAGAAAGGGCUAUCCAAGCUGAAAAGGAUAUGAUUAUGGCUCGAGAUGGAGACUCAGCUCGAAGCAAGCCCACAGCCGAGACGGAGAGCGAAACGGCUACAACCCAAUCAGGAGAGGAGUAA